AUGACUAAAUGGAACGGUACCAUUUUGGGCCCGCCUCACAGUAAUCAUGAAAACAGGAUCUAUUCUCUUUCCAUAGAGUGUGGCCCAAACUAUCCAGAUUCUCCACCAAAGGUUACAUUCAUUUCCAAGAUAAAUCUACCAUGUGUGAAUCAAACUACAGGCGAGGUUCAACCGGACUUUCACACUCUGCGUGACUGGAAAAGGGCAUACACCAUGGAAACCCUAUUACUUGAUCUUAGAAAGGAAAUGGCAACUCCGGCUAAUAAGAAAUUGCGCCAACCAAAAGAAGGUGAGACCUUUUAA